AGGAUGGCAGCCCAAGAUUCGCAUGUUCACUGUGCCAUAUUCCAUACAAACCUAGUUCUGCACCAUUUCCUAUCAACCUGUCACAAUGUGCAUGUUGCAGGAAGAGAUAUGUACCUGACGUGUUAUUUACAACAAUAAAUCCACCACCAGAGAUACAAACUGUUGGUAAAGGUGCAUUCUUACAAGCCAGAGUUAUAAGACCCAAAAUAAACAGCAAAGCUGAGGCAAAUGCAAAAGAGAUUAGUGAUAUUCUUCCAUUUCUGGAAUAUGAUCUACACAAUCAGUUAAUGAACAAACUUAAAAUGCGAAGUAUGAAUGGAUUGUUUGGACUGAAAAUGCAGUUUGUGGUGGGAGAAAGCAUGCUGAUUGGAAUAGCAUCAGCCACUGGAGCGUACUUGGUGCCACUACCACCACCACCUGUGCCGAGGCUGUUGGGUCAGAUCACCUCGGAGGAGGAAAAUGUGGCGUUACUUGACCUUCAAAAGAAGCUUGCGGAACAAAUACAGCGUAAUAAAGAUCUUUAUCAGCUAACUGGAAUUGAUUUUUCAGGUCAGCCUAGUCCUCACAGUGUAUAUACAGAUGAUAGUGAUGAUGAAGGGUCGGAUUUAGAGUUAUCUGCUGGUAACAAGGAUACCUUUGUUUUAGAGGUAGAUGAUACGAAGGAUGAUAAUAUACAGGCCAUGUUACAUGACACCCCUCACCCUGCUGGUAUGGAUUUGUGCAAUACGGAGACGUGUCCGGGCAUACAGUCUCGACUGUUCAGUCAUAAUCUCCAGAUGUUCACACAAGUGUAUAGAAGAAAGAUUGAUCUAGAGCAGCAUAUGAAAACAGAUUUUAAAGAAUUCUUUGAUGGGGUGUAUAGGAGAUUAUUCUUCAAAUUACGGAGAAUGAUACCAUGUUGUCUGUGUAAUCUGGUAUUCAGCGUUGACGCUCCUGAAGAAGAUGAGAUUGAGGUCGUUGUCACGGGAACAUGUGUUGCCAUUGACGACAGCCAACCACAGAGCAAAGCUGUCACUGAUACUCCUGUUAGUUCUUCUGCUUCAAAUAAACAACUGUUAAAAUCUGCAAAUGUGUCGGUUGUUGGUGCCAGUGGGGAGAAUGUUGAUGAUAUGAUGUUCCAAAUGGAAGAGGUCACGGAGGGAUCAGCCUCAUCUGCAUUACAUAAAGUUCCAAAGAUUAAAGCAGAAGUAUUAAAGAAGAAACAAUCUCAAGUUUUUGGUAGAACAUUGCAGGGCAUACAGAUUACACCUUUAGCGUAUGUUCCCGGAGCUAAGAUAGAAAAAUAUAUCGGCAGUUAUAAUUUCUUCUUCAUACGGGAAACUACGUCUGUUAGAGAGGUUGGGGGUGUAUGUGGUUUUAUGCAGAAGUUUAUCAUGGAAGUUCUGGCGAUUGUACGAGCUCAUGUGUCCUCGCUGGGAGGUAACGCCCUGGUGGCGUAUAAUUUAACACAAUGUGUUCUGCUGACCAAUGAACAUAAAAACCAGAGUCAGUGUCUGAUAAACGUGUGCGGUGACGCUGUUCAUGCUGUGAAAGAAGGGGAGAUCACUGCUGUAAUACCCGAACAUGUUCGUAAACACAGCGAUUCUCCGAUUUAUGUCACCACAUGACAUUUUUGUAGACAAAUGUUGGUGAUAAUUAUACAUGUAUAUGGAUGGUGAUGAUUAUAUAUGAAUAGUGAUAAAUUAAUCUAACCAAGAAAGCAAGAGAGGCGUGUCUAGGAACUGAAAAUUUUGAAUCAGCAGUAUUUUUAACCCUUAUUCUGCUGAAAUUUUACAAUGGACUUGUCCAGCUUUCAUUCUUUUGGAACUGUCCAUUUCCAAGUUUAGGGAUAUCAGUGAUUCUGUGAUUUAUACUACUUAUACUGCAUUACUUUUGUGAAUGAAACAAAGCAAGAGUUAUAUAAUUGUGAACAACUAAUAUUAAACUUUGUUAACAAAGGGGUGAGGGGAGAAUUUUUGCCAAAUGAUCAAAUUGUUAUGUGUCUGGUAAAUGACCAUUUCACAUGGGUUACAAUCAUGAAGUGUUAUUAUGCUUAAUUUGUACAAUUGGCUUUGACUUUGGAACUAUUUGUUUUUUGUUCUUUUGUACUGCCUAUAUGACUGAAAUACUGUAUGGAAAAGGCGUAAAAUGAAACAAACAAAUGUUCUUUUGUAAAAUGCGAGGACAAUAGAUGCUAUAUUUAAACUGCUAUUAAUAUACAGAGGCUGAAUAGGGUACCUAAAUAAAAGACUGUGUAGUGGCAUUCAAAUCAUCAACUUGGGUGUGGGGAGUGGGGUUGGGGUGUAUUUUGAAGGCCUAUUUGGGGGACAGGGGUCCAAUUUCAUUCUGGGUAUAUUUCUUUAUUAUCUUGUUCAUAUUUUCUGUUUCAUGUGCCCAGAAUGGAUCUUUGCAAGAAGUUAAUAUUUUAUACUUUAAGGCUUUAAUUUGACCUCAGUAGGGCUUCUAUAAAUUUUUAGGGCAUAUUUUCAAGGCCUAUAACAACUAAACUGUAGUUUUAAAUUCUAUUAUCAUCUGUAGUUACUUUUUAAUAAGCUUGCCACUAGAUAUAUUGUACAGUAUUCAUAUAAUAGAAUAAGUCCCAUGCUGUUAAUGAAUAGUAUUAGCAUAUACUGACCCAAGCUACCUCGCGCAAUUACCAGAAAUUUUAUGUUUAAUCUUGCUUUUGUCAAUGUAUUGCAACUGUCAGCUUAGUGGUAGAGAAUCCAUCUAUAUUAGGGAGUACCGUAUGUGGGUCUGAAACCCAAAGUUAAAGAGUUCAGAGAAUAAAAAAGUAUAAAAUAAUUAUUACAGUCCCUAAAAUUUCAUUCUGGGUCCUGUCAAGUACAUAAUUAUAUAUUAUGCUUAAUCAAAUUAAUUUAGAUUAAUGAAAACAAAAAAAUAGUUCAAGAAAAAAACAACAAAUCAACAACAGUGUUAACAUGUGCAACAGAUUGUUGUUCAUUGUUUGUCCCAAUUUUAACGCCCCUUUAGCUUAGCUCAAUAGGGAGAGCAUCAUAUAAGUAAUACAGGGAACAGUACUGGUUUGAUCCUUGAGAAAUGUGACAAUUGACUUUAAGACAUUGAGUCUACUGGUUAUUUAGUUUCUUACCACUGAUUCAGAAAUCAUGUAGGAUUAGUGGUUGGUACCUUGCAGAGGAAUUGGUUAUAACUGGUUAGUCAUCGAGGAAGGCUGAUUAAGUGGAUGGGCCACCUAGAUAUGACAGAAAUGUUAAAAUGAGUCUAAAAACCAGAAAAUCAAAAAAGUUUUGUUGAAAAUAAGAAUCGCUUGCCUUAAAUGCUGGGAUUUCAUCAUUAUAAAUAAGUAAGUUUACAGAGAGGGUUCGUCACCAAACCUCAGUUCUUGCCGGUAAUGUUUAAAAUUAUAUAUGAAAACAUUCUUGGUCUUUUCCCCCAACUACACCUUUUUACCUUUAAGAUAAUAAUUAAUAAAGGUGUCCAUCUGAAGUCAGAAAGAAAUGGGUUUUUGUUGUAUUGUAUUACAUGUAUAUGACAAUGGCUUGCAAACAGAACAAACUAUCUUAAAUACUCAAAUUAAUACAUAAAGCUGUUAUUAUCUACAUCUAAUUUUGUUCAUGUAGGAGUUAUUAUAAGUGUCAUUGGUACGUUUUUUCUUUAAGUUAAAUUUUUAGUGAUAUUUUAUGUAUAUUUGUAUUAAAUACAUGUAUUUGU